AGGAAGAUGAAGCUGCUGCUCCUCAGCCUGUGUCUGGGCCUGGCCUGGGCCCUGCAGGACCAAAGCCAGGUGCCUGUGCAGCUGGGCUUCUGUCCUGAGCAGGUGGCCGGGCCUUGGCAAACUAUCAAGCUCGGCGCCACCAACCGCUCUGUUAUUGAGGAUGGAGGUGCCUACCUGUGCUUCAUGACUGGCAUCCAAAUCCUGGCGAAUGGCAACCUGAAUGUCACCUACUUCCACAGAAAAGACGGGAACUGCGUGAAGGAGUAUUACAUUGCAGAGAAGACAGACAUCCCCGGCCGCUACACCUUUGAAUACGAAGGCCAAAUCUAUCUGACUUUCGUGUUUGUUAGCAAUAUCGCUGCCAUCAUAGACUUGGAAAACCACAGCGAGAGUGGAAUCCUCACUGUGGUUGAGCUCCAUGGCAGGACUUGGUUCGUGGACAAGCAGGGGCUGGAGGCUUACAGGGAGCACACAUCCAGAAGAGGCAUCCCUCAGAGGAACAUCGUGAACCUGCUUGCUUCUCGUAAGCUGCCCUCCAUAAUCCUCAAAAAUGGACACAAGUGCUGA